CAGACAUGAAGCUGUCAGGACUGCUGGCUGUGUUUUUACUCCUCUGUACUUUCAGGAGAGGUUUCGGGAUAUCUCAUCCCAAGCCAUCCUGCCGUUAUCCUCCUUCUCAGUGGUGUCGAUCACUGGAGAUAGCGAUAGAAUGUAAGGUUCAGAAGCAGUGUAUGGAGGUGAAUGCUACCAGACCAAACCGGGCUGUUCCUCCAGUAUCUGUCACUCUGUACUAUGAGAGCUUGUGUCCAGCCUGCAGAGUCUUUAUCUCCCAGCAGCUGUUCCCUACUUGGACGAUGCUGCAGGACAUCAUGACUGUCACUCUGGUGCCCUACGGGAAUGCCAAGGAGCUUCCCUCAGCAAAUUCUCCCUUCGCCUGUCAGCACGGAGAGCCUGAAUGCAGAGGAAACAUGAUUGAGGCUUGUAUCAUCCAGUUAACGGGAGACUCAGCACUUCACAUCAUCUACUGCAUGGAGUCAGCUGCAGAUGUUCUCGCCGCUGCACAGCCUUGCCUCCAGCUCUACGCUCCCUCUGUCUCCUGGUCAAGUGUCGACUCCUGUGUCAAAGGAGGCAUGGGAUACCAGUUGAUGCACGCCAACGCUGUCAUGACCAGAGCUCUGAACCCCGCUCACACACACGUCCCCUGGGUCACCUUCAAUGGGGAAUACACAGAGGAGAAUGAGGACAAGGCAAUGUCGUCCCUUUUCCAUUUGGUUUGCCAACUUUACAAGGGGGUGAAGCCUCCAGCCUGCACUGGAGCACCAGUCAGACUGGACAGAAGCUUCUGCUGAACACAACAAAAUCAACUUUAAAAUAUCUGCAGGAAAACAGCAGAUCAUAACAUAUACAAACAUACAUAAUGUACCAAAUAACAUCAUCAUAUUCAUACUGGCAUGUUUAGUUUUCAUUCAAGAAUAUUGUAGUUGAUAACAAUGUAGAUAUGGGAUCAUAUAGUGGGAUUUUGUGUCUCCUGUAUUUUGAUGGGACUUUUGGGACCAGAUUUGAAAGUGAAAUAAAUCUGACUUGUCUUGAAUGUAAAUCUUGAGUGACAUUAUUU